AAAUAAAAUUUAAGAUUAAAACUCAGCCCAAAAUUCUCGCUCCCGCCCGCUUCUCUCUCACUCUCUCGCCGCCGCCGCCGCCGCCCCGUCUCCUCUGGCAGCAGUCCGCCCAGCUGCACCGCAGCACUAGUCCAGUCCGGCAGACGGCAGUCCGCCUCCGUCAGCCAGCAUUGGUUUUCCUAUCACAUUAUUACACUCUCUAUCCCAUAACAGAAAUAGUGAACUGCUACUGAAAUCAUGGGAGACGAUCCGCUAUCAUCUGGUGGUGGGGGGUCCUCCUCGGCCUCUGCCGGAAUGACGUUGGGGGAAUGCCAGGAUUUGAUCCAGAAAAGUUUCACAAAUCCAAUGGUGAAAUUUCUGAUGGAGAAUUUGGAGAAAUCUUGUUGCGGCAUCGGAAGCAAUUUCAUAAAGGCGGAAAAUUGCAAAGAAAAUGCUGCUGGUGGAUUCGCCAGAGGAAUAGGUAUAGUAAUAUGCAGUAAUCAUUUGCAAUUUCAAGAUGAGGUGGAUCAAACAGUGAUUCACGAGCUCAUUCAUGCAUACGAUGACUGUCGUGCUGCUAAUCUCGACUGGACUAAUUGCGCUCAUCAAGCCUGCAGUGAGAUUCGAGCAAAUCAUCUUAGUGGUGAUUGUCAUUUUAAACGAGAGCUUCUCCGUGGCCAUCUAAAGAUAAAGAGGCAUGAGCAAGAAUGUGUGAAGCGAAGAGCAAUCAUGUCUGUAACUGCAAAUCCAUGUUGCUCGGAAGUAGCAGCAAAGGACGCGAUUGAAUCUGUUUGGAGUACUUGUUAUAAUGAUACAACACCCUUCACUAGGCCUCCUUGACUCCAGCUCUAGAUUCUUUCUUGCUUACUUGAUGAUUUCUCACUUCUCGUUCGAUUCUUUUUUGUUACUUUAAACAUCAUUGUAUUGUAUCUCAACACAUAAAUAAUCUCAUUUAAAAA